AUGGCAAAGGACACCGAAGCCCAACAAUACGAUGUGGUGAUUGUCGGGGCGGGCCUCAGUGGCCUCCAGGCAGCGCAGUCGAUCCAAGCUGCCGGCUUCAAAGUAUGUGUACUUGAAGCUAUUGACCGGGUUGGUGGAAAGACUUUGACCACCAAGUCUUGCGAGGAGGGGUUCAAUGACCUAGGCGCAUCCUGGAUCAAUGACACCAACCAGAGUGAGAUGUUCAGGCUGUACCAGAAAUACGGCCUCGAGACAGAGAUUCAGCGUGACUGCGGCGAUACCCUUAUUCAAUCGGUUGAUGGAAAUACUGUGAUAGUACCUUACGGACAGCUUCCGGGGGAUCCUGAUGUUUUACUACGCUUGUUGCAGGCGUUUCGAGACGAAUGCUCUUUGAUAAGCCUGGACAACCCGACAGCGUCAUCACGCGCCAGGGAAAUCGACCAAUUCACCUUCCGCGAGUUUUCCAUUGAACGCGGAAAGUCUAGUGAAGCGGCCAGCAUUGCCGACGUGCUCUCCGUAUCCCUGCUCGGGGUGGAGAGUGACGAAGUCAGCGCACUCUACAUGCUUCUCUACUUCAAAAGCGGCGCCGGAAUUGACAACAUUAUCUCGGACCAAAAGAACGGUGGACAGUACUUGCGAUGUCGACAGGGAAACCAAACCGUUGCCCAAAAGAUGGCCGAAGAACUAGGCCCUGGUGUCAUCUUUCUCCACAUGCCAGUGACAAGAAUUGAUCAACCUCGACGUGGGAUCUGUACAGUACACACCCAGAGCGGCAGAAACUUCAAAUGCCGUAAAGUGAUCAUUUCCAUUCCGACCAGCCUGUACCAUGGGAUUACUUUCAGCCCACCCUUGCCGGAGAAAAAGGUCAUACUGAGGGACAAUACCACAACUGGCUAUUAUACAAAGAUGAUCUACGUUUUCAGCGAGCCAUGGUGGCAUAAGGCUGGGUUGUCAGGCGUGUUAGACUCGGACAAGGGACCUAUUAUCUUCUCCCGCGAUACGAGCAUUCCUCAGGACAACCAGUGGUCUAUCACCUGCUUUCUGGCCGGAGAUAGAGGACGAAACUGGUCUAAACUGACCCGAGCAUCUCGCCAUCAACACACCUGGGACCAGUUCAACCAAUGCUUUGGUAAAUUUACCGAGGUCCCUCGGCCAGCCAAUACUUUGGAAAUGGAGUGGACCAAAGAAGCCUUUUUCCUAGGCGCCCCGUGUCCGAUAACAACCCCGGGUGUUCUCUCAGCUGUCGGGGGAGAGAUCGCCACUCCUGUCGGGAAUGUGCAUUUUGUAGGCACCGAGACUUCUCGCGAGUGGCGUGGUUACAUGGAAGGAGCCAUCCGGUCUGGCCUACGGGGAGGGGCAGAAGUGGUGAGAAGUUUGGAGGAUACUGUGAGUCGCCUUUGA